ACACGCCCUCUGUCACCACCACGUUGACCUUGGGUGGGGGCGGGGGACUUGCUCUAUACAAACUGCACCGCAGCGGGACUCCGGCGGAUUCCUGACCGGCCUGCUGCCACAGCGCACGCACGCCUCCCGGCUGCGGCCACAAAUGUCCUGCUCGCCUGCCCAGCCCCACACCGGGCGUGAGCUCCCGGGAACGUCCAUGGAGAACGGCCUGGAGGAGGAGAGAGAUCUGGACGACGAGGUGUACGCUUCUCAGCUGGAGAGAGUUAUGAGAGACAGGAGGAGAGCCAAGUCCCUGCCCGCAUACCCGGCGGCGCUCCUGGAUGGCGUUUCCACGAGCAGCAGGAGCAAGCGGGUGAAGUUCGCCGACUCCAUGGGGCUGAACCUGGCCAGUGUCAAGCACUUCAGCUCGCUGGAAGAGCCGCACAUCCCGAGCAAGGUUCUGUCGAGGCACAAGAAAUUCUCGCUGCCGCAGCAGGACCUUCUUGGCGACCUGUGCCAGAGCUUCAAGUUCAGCCUGAACACAGACCAACUGGUCGCCGCGUUCCCGGAGCCCCGGGACACGGAGCGAAGAGUCCAGCAGCUCCGCAUCUGUCUGGAGAAGGUCAGCAUCACCCAUUUUGACGUGCGCGGGCAGAUCCGAGUUUUGACCGGCUGCACCGACAAAGAGGUUGGAGUGAGGUACACUUUCAAUGAGUGGCUCUCCUGCAUGGACGCGCAGGCUCUGCCCGUGGCCACGAAUCAGCCGGGGCUUGUGGGAGAGCGCUUCAGCUUCACCGUGUACACGCCGCCUUUCAUGGACCCCAGCUCGGCCGUGCACUUCGCCAUGUACCUGAAGACCCAGGAGGGGGAGUUCUGGGACAACAACCAGGGGCGGAACUACACCCUCAGGUACCACUGCACGCCCAGCACCACGCCCUUCGUCAGCGCCGCUUUCCACGCCACCUGAUCGGUGCGUGCGUCGUGCGUAAAGGCCUUCCAUAAGGCCGAGUACAGCAGCUGGGUUCUAUCUGGUGAAUAUGAAUACAUCGUCUGUGCUGUUCUGUGUUGCGGCGGGUCUUUCUGAGACCACGUCACAGCGAGAAGACCCAGCGACCACAAA